CGGUCAGGGGUGUCCCCAGUCCCGGCGGUGAGUGUGUGAGAGGCUAGACCUCCUGCUGUGACCGGGCCCUGGGGUCAGCCCCGGCUCACAGUCUUGCUUGUGCUCCUAGCAGAGCCCCACGCUCUCUGCAGCCCAAGCCCCCGUCUGCAAAGUGGAGGCACUGGGGCCAGGGCUUGAUUCCAUGAUUCCCAGGGUGUCUUCAGCUGAGUCAGCACGUGGGCUGUUUUACUCCCCGCUCAGCUCCUCCAUGUGGCCUGGGUCACAAGUGAUUGUGAUGAUUGCGAGGGGGCCUCUCUCACCUUCCAUCCUUCCCCUCUGUGCCUUUCGCAGCCUUCCCACCCACCUUGUUCUCACUAGGGUGAGGAUGACUGAUAGGCUUGGGGGUGGGGUGGCUCUACCUCCGUCUGUCUCGGUAGAGGUGUCUUAAUGAGGAGUGCGUACAUAUGGGCUUCUAGCCCGAGGCUGUGGAUGGUGGCUGGUCCAGCCGGAGCGCCUGGUCUGUCUGCUCGCGGAGCUGUGGCAUUGGUGUAUAGAGCACCAAGCGGCAGUGCACGCAGCCUAUGCCCAAAUACAAAGGCAGAUACUGUGUGGGUGAGCGGAAGCGCUUCCGCCUCUGCAACCUGCAGGCCUGCCCUGCUGGCCGCCGUUCCUUCCGCCACGUCCAGUGCAGCCACUUUGACGCUAUGCUCUACAAGGGCCAGCUGCACACAUGGGUGCCCGUGGUCAAUGACGAACGUGGGCUGUGACUUCGAGAUUGACUCCGGCGCUAUGGAGGACCGCUGUGACGUGUGCCACGGCAACGGCUCCACCUGCCACACCGUGAGCGGGACCUUCAAGGAGGCCGAGGGCCUGGGGUAUGUGGACGUGGGACUGAUCCCAGCCGGCGCACGCGAGAUCCGCAUCCAGGAGGUGGCCGAGGCUGCCAACUUCCUGGCACUGCGGAGCGAGGACCCGGAGAAGUACUUCCUCAAUGGUGGCUGGACCAUCCAGUGGAACGGGGACUACCAGGUGGCAGGGACCACCUUCACAUACGCACGCAGGGGCAACUGGGAGAACCUCACGUCCCCGGGUCCCACCAAGGAGCCUGUCUGGAUCCAGCUGCUGUUCCAGGAGAGCAACCCCAGGGUACACUAUGAGUACACCAUCCACCGGGAGGCAGGUGGCCACGGCGAGGUCCCACCGCCCGAGUUCUCCUGGCACUAUGGGCCCUGGACCAAGUGCACAGUCACCUGUGGCAGAGGUGAGAAGAGGCAACAAGUGUACUGCUCGGAGUGGUAGGCAGGGCCUGUGGACGGGGAGCACUGUGACCCCCUGGGCCGGCCCGAUGAUCAACAGAGGAAGUGCAACGAGCAGCCCUGCCCUGCCCUGUGGUGGGCAGGUGAGUGGCAGCUGUGCUCCAGCUCCUGCAGGUCUGGGGGCCUCUCCCGCCGGGCCGUGCUCUGCAUCCGAUACGUGGGGCUGGAUGAGCAGAGUGCCCUGGAGCCACCUGCCAGUGAACCCCUUCCCCGGCCCCCUACUGAAACCCCUUGCAACUGCCAUGUGCCCUGUCCGGCCACCUGGGCUGUGGGGAACUGGUCUCAGUGCUCAGUGACGUGUGGGGAGGGCACUCAGCGCCGAAAUGUCCUCUGCACCAAUGACACCGGUGUCCCCUGUGACGAGGCCCAGCAGCCAGUCAGCAAAGUCACCUGCUGUCUGCCACCCUGUCGGUGGCCCCUGGGCACACUGGGCCCUGAAGGCUCAGGCAGCGGCUCUUCCAGCCACGAGCUCUUCAGUGAGGCUGACUUCAUCCCGUGCCACCUGGCCCCACGCCCUUCACCCACCUCAUCACCCAAGCCGGGCACCAUGGGCAACGCCAUUGAGGAGGAGGCCCCAGAGCUGGACCUGCCGGGGCCCAUGUUUGUGGACGACUUCUACUACGACUACAAUUUCAUCAACUUCCAUGAGGACCUGUCCCACAGGCCCUCUGAGGAGCCCGAUCUAGACCUGGCGGGGACGGGGGAUCUGACGCCCCCACCACACAGCCGUCCUGCUGCGCCCUCCACGGGUAGCCCCAUGCCUGCCACAGAGCUUCCUGCAGCCAAGGAGGAGGGGGCACCGGGACCUUGGUCCCCUAGCCCUUGGCCCAGCCAGACCAGCCGCUCCCCACCCCCACCCUCAGAGCAGAACCCUGGGAACCCUUUGAUCAAUUUCCUGCCUGAGGAAGACACCCCCAUAGGGGCCCCAGAUCUUGGGCUCCCCAGCCUGCCUUGGCCUAGGGUUUCCACUGAUGGCCUGCAGACGCCUGCCACCCCUGAGAGCCAAAAUGAUUUCCCAGUUGUCAAGGACAGCCAGAGCCAGCUGCCCCCUCCAUGGCAGGACAGGACCAAUGAGGUUUUCAAGGGUGAUGAGGAACCUGAGGGCCGCAGAGCACCCCACCUGCGCCCGAGACCCAGCCCCAUGCUGCCCACUUUGUCCCUGGUCGGCAGCACCCACUCCUCUCCUAGUCCUGAAGUGGCGGAGCUGUGGACAGGAGGGACAGUCACCCGGGAGCCAGCUCUGGAGGGUGGCCUGGGUCCCGUGGACAGUAAACUGUGGCCCACUGUUGGGGUAGCUUCUUCCCCUCCCCCUCCUCCUCCUCCUCCUCCUCCUCCUCCUCCUCCUCCUCCUCCUCCUCCUCCCAUAGUCCCUCUGCCGGAGAUGAAGGGCAGGGACAGUUCCCUGGAGCCGGGGACUCCCACCUUCCCAACCCCAGGACCAGGUUCAUGGGACCUGCAGACUGUGGCAGUGUGGGGGACUUUCCUCCCCACAACCCUGACUGGCCUCGGGCACAUGCCUGAGCCUGCCCUGAACCCAGGACCCAAGGGCCAGCCUGAGUCCCUCAGCCCUGAGGUGCCCCUGAGCUCUAGGCUGCUGUCCACGCCAGCUUGGGACAGCCCCGCCAACAGCCACAGAGCCCCUGAGACUCAGGCACUGGCUGCCAGCCUGGCUGAAGCGAGGCCCCCCACGGACCUUGUUAUCAGGAACGCCAGCUGGCAAGCGGGAAACUGGAGCGAGUGCUCCACCACCUGCGGCCUGGGUGUGAUCUGGAGGCUGGUGUGCUGUAGCUCCGGCCGGGAUGAGGACUGCCCCGCUGGCCGGCCCCAGCCUGCCCGCCACUGCCACCUGCCACCUGCCACCUGCCACCUGCGGCCCUGUGCCACCUGGCACUCAGGCAACUGGAAUAAGUGCUCCCGUAGCUGUAGUGGAGGUUCCUCAGUGCGGGACAUGCAGUGUGUGGAUACAUGGGACCUCCGACCACUGCAGCCCUUCCAUUGUCAGCCCGGGCCUGCCAAGCCACCUGCGCAUCGGCCCUGUGGGGCCCAGCCCUGCCUCAGCUGGUACACAUCUUCCUGGAGGGAGUGCUCCGAGGCCUGUGGCGAUGGUGAGCAGCAGUGUCUGGUGACCUGCCCGGAGCCAGGCCUCUGCAAGGAGGCGCUGAGACCCAACACCACCCAGCUCUGCAACACCCACCCCUGCACGCAGUGGGUGGUGGGGCCCUGGGGCCAGUGCUCAGCCCCCUGUGGCGGUGGCGUCCAGCGGCGCCUGGUCAAGUGUGUCAACACCCAGACGGGGCUGCCCGAGGAAGACAGUUACCAGUGUGGCCACGAGGCCUGGCCUGAGAGCUCCCGGCCAUGUGGCACCGACGAUUGUGAGCCCGUCGAGCCUCCCUGCUGUGAGCGGGACCGCCUGUCCUUCGGGUUCUGCGAGACGCUGCACCUACUGGGCCGCUGCCAGCUGCCCACUGUCCGUACCCAGUGCUGUGCUUGUGCUCCGCCCAGCCAUAGCGCCCGCUCCCGAGGCCAUCAGCGGGUUGCCUGCCGCUGACCAUGCCAGGAUGCACAGACCAACCGACAGACCUCAGUGCCCACCAUGGGCUGUGGCAGAGCUCCCGCCCCCUGCGCCCUGCUCCCUGUGCCCUGUGCCCUGUGCCCUAAUGGUGCUAACCCCCUCUCACUACCCAGCGGCAGGCUGGGGACCUCCUUCCCCUCGAAAAAGGUAUUUUUUUAUUCUAACAGUUUGUGUAACAUUUAUUAUUUUACAUAAACGAGUAUCUACCAUUCCAAAGCACAGCGUGACUUCAUCUUGGAUUUGGGGAAUCUUAAAAGUGAGAAACUCUUCCCCCGAUCCCUCUGCCCAAAACUCCACCGCCACAGCACCUCGGCAGGCGCGGCUUUUCACCUGCUACUCUGGGGCAGAUCUGCGGAGGACAGAGCAGCAAACGAGUCCAUGAGAGCAUGGCGUCUGGGACUGCCCCUUGGAGUGAUGGGGACUGGGGCUCCCAGGGGCACCUCCCUGGCCCUGUUGUAUCUGUUGACUGUUCUGCAAAAAGUGGACGGAGAAGAGGGGAGCAGGCUGGCCAGCUGUGC